CUUUUUAUUUUACAAACAAAUACAGAGCAGGGUAUAAAUUUCCCAAAACGGUGGCGGGAACAAACCCUACGCGAGCACACACUUGGUCUGGGAGCUCAAAUGCCGUCGUUUCCUCCGGUGGGCUCAGUCACCGUCUGCGAAAUUAAUCGGGACCUUAUUACUGCCGAUGAAAAUUCCGACGCUCGUGCCAAGGAGACAUAUGGCAAACUUCUUGGAGUGGUAUUCAGCCCUGUUCCGUUUCAAUUCGAGAAUCUACAAGGUUUUGGGCCGAGCAAUGAUGCAGCAUCAGAAGAGCAGCAGAGUGGUUUGCUUUGGGCAGCACUGAAAGCGGUGUCUUCGGGUUCACUUAAGCACUUCUUUCACCCAGCUGAUGUGAAAUUGUUACCCGCCAUUGAUGUUUGUGGCGUAAGUUGGCACCAACAUAAACGUAUUCUAGCAUUCAUUUCUGGAACUCACCAAGUCACAAUUUCUGAUUAUGGGGAUUCAGAUGGGAAGAAUCCGUCAAUUUUGAUCAAUGAAUCUCAAAAAGAUGUUAGAAGUCUUCAGUGGAGACCAAAUGGUGGGAGGACACUUUCGGUUGCCUGCAAAGGUGGAAUUUGCAUCUGGGCUUCUUCAUAUCCAGGAAAUGCAGCUUCAGUAAGAUCUGGAGUUACAUUGGGCACCCUAUCUAGAGGUUCUGGUAGUAGAUGGACUCUUGUGGAUUUCCUUCGAACUCAUGAGGAUGAACAAGUUAGCACACUGUCAUGGAGCCCUAAUGGAAGAUAUUUAGCAUCAGCUUCCUUUGAGAAUCCUUCAUUCACCAUAUGGGAUGUUGCUCAAGGAGAGGGCACACCCAUACGGCGUGGCUUAGGGGGUAUAUCAUUGCUCAAAUGGUCCCCGUCUGGAGAUUAUUUCUUUGCUGCCAAAUUUGAUGGGACAUUUUAUCUCUGGGAGACAAACACAUGGACGUCAGAACCAUGGUCCUCGGCAAAUGGCUUUGUUACAGGAGCAGCAUGGGAUCCUGAUGGUAGAAAGAUACUUAUUGCAUUUUCUGGUUCCUCAACCUUAGGUUCCAUUCAUUUUUCCACUAAGCCCCCAUCACUGGAUGCACAUCUCAUUCCUGUGGACUUGCCAGAGAUACAAUCCAUAACUGGAAGUGUAGGGGUUGAGAGGAUAGCAUGGGAUGCCUCAGGAGAACGCCUAGCUGUGUCAUACAAAGAUGGGGAAGAACCAUACAAAGGCCUUAUAGCCAUUUACGAUGUCAGGAGAACUCCUCUGAUUUCUGCUUCAUUGAUAGGUUUUAUAAGAGGUCCUGGCGAUAACCCCAAGCCAUUAUCGUUUUCAUUUCACAAUAGGUUUAAGCAGGGACCAUUGCUUUCAGUGUGUUGGAGCACCGGGUUUUGCUCCACCUAUCCCCUUAUCUUUCGCUCACAUGUUCUUCCAUAAUCGAAGGUGAUCCACUUGUACUUGGACGUGUGCGCUUUUGUAGUUUUCCCAUUGGGAGCGGGGUGCAAAUACUAGUCAUUUCUGCAGCUUCUGCAAACGUUUACCACCCAAAAGAUGGCUAUUGCUCCAAGUCUCAAGUUUUGUGUUCAUAAUGUCAUUUCUGCGACUGGAGUUCGAAAAUGAAAACGGAGUUUGUUCGAAAAUGAUAAUGGAAUUUAGUGUGUAUGUAAUUCAAUUUUUGUUUACCUCAGAAGUGCUCUGUAAUACUAAAUCAUAUAUUUAUAUAUAUAUAUAGAAGUUAUCAUUAAAAACCUUCCUAAAAACUAUACCCUGAAGCAUGAAUGUCAACAUUUUUAAAAUUACUGUGUAUGUUGUAGGAAAAAGUGACCGUUUUUGUUUAGCUUAUUUGUGUG